UCCUAUCCCAAUAUAAGAAGCCCAAACAAAAACAUCCGAUUUGUUUACCUACGAACCGUUGGAGCAAAACAAAAGUCGCGUCCAACAUUCGGCUGCUCCCCUUAUCGUUUUUGUGGAAUUUUUCAAGCUUUUUUGCGUCAUAAAUUGAAAUAUUUUGAGUUUGCGCAAACGCAGAGCAACAAUCUGUGCCUCAGUCGACGUCGACCGAGUUCCGACUUCGAGAUACCCCGAUCGUUUAUAUAGCAGCACGCUCACAGCCGAUUUUCAUCAGUCGCAACGCGUCUCUCAGCGUCAACGGAGCUCAGGCCUUCGAAGGAAAACCAACGGAAAACAGCCAAGGGAAAAUCGUUCGUAAAUAGCCAAGUGCAAGUGCAUAUAUAGUAUCGGUACCAAGUGUCGAGCAAAAUCCUCUUCGAUGUCGAUUAAUUCGCCAAUAUCGUUAAAAAACUCGGACCUGCAUUGAACAGGCAAAGGCGACCUCCAAUAAAUACUAAACAAAUCGUAAUAAUUGUUUAACAAAACAAAGACAAAGCCACGGCAAACAAAAAACCGCAAACAACAAGUUGUUUGCUUUUAGUUCGCGUUCCCCUUAUUUUAUUUUCCUUCCGUUCGUUCGGUUUUCCACGCAAGCGCGUCGAGAAAAUCUAAUUGAAAACCAACAACAGUUGAAAAGCAACUGUUGCAUUCCUUCAACCGUAUCGAAUUGAAAUUACUUCUGACUUUCAAGUGGUAGCACAAAUACCGCAGAGAAUACAAAAGUUUUGUGUGAAAAAAGCGAACUAAACCCAAGAUCUAACCAGGAAAACAACAAUUUCGUUUAUUGGGCUUAGGCCAUUGUAUGGAUCAGUCUAAACUAACGACGAAAUUUGGAGACGAGCCGGACCUCCUGUUCAAGCGAGCGCAGGGCCGGAUUAGUCUGAUCAGUGCUGGAGUAGGAGCCACCCAGGCUGGCCAAGCUGCCCAACCACCGCUGCAUUCAAGCCAACAGUUCGCCAACAUUCAACUAGACGCCACCCUCAAUGACUGUGAAAGUGGCUAUGUGCCCACCGUGGGCCGUUGGGGCUCGGAGUGGCCGAUGGCCUCUCCAUUGGAGGAGGGGGCCACUGCCGCCGCCGCUGCCCAGGAUCCGUUGCUCCCGGCGGAUCAGCAGUUGGCGGAUGCGGUGCUCGGUUUGGGAUUGGGAUUGACUACGAAGCGAUCUCUCGCCUCAACUGAGCAACCAAGUGGACAUGGCACUGGCGCCAUCCGUCGCACACCCUCCACCUCCAGUGAGGAGGAUUUGGAGGACGAGGAGGUGGUGCCUCCGACCGACCUGACAUCUGUGGAUGGAUCGGAGCGCUACUCCGACAUCAGGCAGCUGCUGGCCAGACAGCAGCCCGUCGCAGCAUCGCUGGACGGUAUCUCCAGCGGUCAGUGGAUAGUGGGCGAUGGCUACGACCUGGAGGCCUUUAACCAGGUCAAUGGAGUGUGGCCUCUUGGUCAUCCGUUGCCGUUGCCCGACUGGUCGAGCUCGGAGUCAGCUAAGGGCACCCUAAUCUUCGAUAAUGUCUGGCAGUAUGAGGAGCUCAACGGGAUUGUGGAGACCACGCUGCAGCGGAUGCUGGAGGAGACACACUACAACACUGUCAACCUGUUUGUCGAUUUCUAUCGCAGCUUUAAGCGCACUCGUCGCUCUGAUCUGCGCAGCUUCUUCCAGUUCUACGAUGUGCCCAUCAACCGACGCCAUCACAUGUGCGCCUCGCUGGCCUUUGAGAUCAUUGCCAGGAUGGUGCAGUUGUUUCCGGCGCUGGCCAACUACUUGUACGUGGUGUCUUGCGAGGAGCAAGUUAUAGACUGUCAGGACUACGUUCAACUGGACGAAGAGUGUGGUCUGAACUCGGUGGAUGCAGGUGUUGAGAAGGAGCAUGUGAUGGUGGCCAUGCGUGUUGCCAUCGGCGAUCGUCGGGGUGUUAUGAUCCUGGACCCGGGUUACCAUGUCAGUCGGGCGGUGACUGUUAUGCAGGAUCAGAGCUAUCCACAUACAGGCUGGUUCACCCAAUCCAAGGAGCCGCAUUUGCAAAGAGAUUAUUGCUAUGUUUAUAGCCAGCAAAACGGAAAGUUCGUGGAGUGGAAGGAGCGCGAGAUCCGUGGCGAAGAUACCAGCUUCAAGACCUCGCUGGUUUACGUGGCCCAGGAGUACAUAACGGCCAUCGAUGUAACCGUGCGCCGUAAUCUGGUGUACAACUUCCGUUCCCUGCUCUCUCGAGACGCCAAGGGUCAGGUCUAUGCGGGUAUCUAUUUCCCGCUGGUGGCCAACGGUCAGGAGGCCUAUCUAACCAUCUUCUACGACGGACCCAAUGAGCAGAGGGUUAGGACGAAGCUGAUGUUUACCGCCUUCAAGGUGGGCAAGGGAAAGCUGCCGGAUUACGUGGCUCAACAUCUUAGCAGGCUGGCGCCGCAGUUAAAGAUGCCCCUGCAGGAACUGACCGAACUGUGCAAAUCCCUGGCCGAGGUGGUCACCGACCAGAACUUCAUUAGCCAGGUCCUGGCCAUAAACGACGACAUCGGCAACAUGUCCGUAGAGAAUUGACAGUUAAAGGAGCCUAAGGAUGUCGCUGCUACGGAAACGGAAACGAAGGUGGAGAAACAGGCGAUAAAAGACAUUGACAACGCAGCUGCAACUUAGAGUUCCGAUCCCUAAACCCUUUCAAAUACUUUGUCCUUUCCACAGUAAUAUUCUUUUUAGUAGCACCUAGGCACCUCUUACACCAGCACACACGAUUUAAGGAUAUAUUUCAAUUUAGUCUAGUAUAUAUAUUUCAAAAUAUGUAUUCACCUAUACACACAAGAAAACACACACACUCUAUAUGGUAUAAUCCCAAUUGAAUGAUUUAACCGAAAGCUAAACGCAAUUUAAUCAAAAACCAGAAAAGCGCAAAAGCAUAGAUUUCGAUUUUCGCUUAGCUUCUGUUUAUUUCGAACUAAGUAUAUACGUAUGCGCAACUAUAUAAUGACAAAAUUAGUUAAUAACUGGUAUCAAGGCCAAACAUAAAUUGUAAUUGUUGUAUGAACAUAUUUCCGUUUUAACACUUAAAUGCACUGUACUAUUUCGGUUCAAUAAAUAAAUCAGCUAGCAAACGAAA